GUGUCGGGGAGUUUUGUGCUGAGGGACGUUUGAGUCGGACGGACUUCGAGGAGCCGGAUAUUCGGAACGCGUGUGUUUGUGUGUUUUUCGGGAGACUUGCCUUCAGGAUGGCGGAGAAUAGCCCUGAUGAGCACAGGGAAGAAACCGGAGUUUUACUUGGCUUUUUGGAAGAAGCGGAGUAUUGGCAACUCCAGAGCCCUCAGUUCCCCAGUAAAGUGGGUGGCAGACCUGCGUGGCUGAGCCAGUCGGACCUACCCAGCCCGUCCGAGCUGGCGUGCGAGAAAUGCCAGCUCCCUACAGCCUUUCUACUGCAAGUGUAUGCGCCUAUUGUCGGGCAGGACCGAAGUUUUCACAGAACGAUUUUCCUCUUUUGCUGUAAAACUCCAGCCUGCUAUUCUCACAAUGACAGUCGCUGUUUUAAAGUGUACAGGAGCCAGUUACCCAGAAGGAAUGACUUCUACCCAUACGACCCUCCUGAAGAGGAGGAGCCCACAGGAGGUGCCAGCGAGGCCUUCGUGCUGGGGUCUGGGGUGAAGCUGUGCAGGGUGUGUGGCUGCCCGGGCACAAAGACAUGCUCCCGCUGUCACAGCGCCAACUACUGCAGCAGGCACCACCAGACAGCGGACUGGAAGGCAGGCCAUAAGGAGAGGUGUUCCAGCGGCGCCCUGUCCGGCGAGCCCAACCCUGUUCACGGUUUUCUCUUCCCCGAAUUUGAGCUGGUGACGGAGCCGGAGGAGCUGCCAGUGAGAGAUGCUGAAGAGCUCAGCAAACCCCUGGAGGAAUCACAGCAGAGCUCGCCAUACAGCCAUUUACCCGGUGAAGGCUUGGAGUCCCCGGACCUGAAGGAUCUAGAAACCAUGGCUAUGCAUGAAACCGAAGAUCAAAAACUGUUUCAGAAAUUUAAACAGAGGACUGCACAUGAGCCUCAUCAGGUGUUACGGUAUUGCAGAAAGGGCAGUCCGCUCUGGGUUUCUGCUGAACAUCGUCCUCAGGAAAAGGACAUCCCAAACUGCUCAUGUGGAGCCAGACGUGUCUUUGAAUUUCAGGUUAUGCCCCAGUUACUCAACCAUCUGAAGGUGGACACCCUGCAAGAAAGCAUUGACUGGGGAGUCCUGGCUGUCUAUACUUGUACAGAAACCUGCGAGCAAGGCAACAGCUAUACUGCAGAGUUCAUCUGGAAACAGGACUUUGCUGCAGACCCCAGAAAUACUGAGGACUGAGUGACGUAUGGAGCAGUAACAACAGGAGGGAAUAAUCUUAAUGACUACUGGAGCUCUACCUGGUAUCUGUGACUCACUGAUGAUUUUAAAUAAACCCAGUUUGGGACGUCCCUUCAUAAAGUGAGGAUUAUAACAGAUAACCCUCCCUUCUUGCCCCUUGAUACUGGAUGACAUGAAUUACAAAAGCUCAGUAAAAUAAAUCUGCAGAAAGUCUACUUGUGCAGCUUUCUCCAACUGUGUUAUGUAUGCUAUAAAUGUAUUUUAUGCUGAACUUCAGUAAAAGCACUCAGAAUUGACAUUUUAAGUGCUUCUAUCAAUAUAAGUUUGAAAUUCUUCUACAGUGUUCAAGCCUGUUUUCUAGAGCUGAACUUUCUCUGUAAACUGAAUUGCAAAACAGAAAAGACAAACUGAAAACAUCAACAUAUAUUCUAUCCACUAAGAAUUCAUUUAACCUUGAGCUAUUUACGGCUCAGCCAUAUACUGUAUUCAUAAAACAUUUUAGUGUAAUAAACGUUUUUGAGAAGCAGCUGUGUAAAAUUAAAACUGUCUUUAAAGAA